UACUGGGCCUAUAUUAAUCUUCAAUCAACUCUUUGGAUUAACAGCUUCUAUAGAUAGAUAGUUAUGACUUAUGAUGUUAUACAGGCUGAUGGACUGACCCUUCCAAAAUGAAGUCUUCCCUCACCUCCCUCAUCAUUUUGUGGGCCUUAAGCCAGAUAUUUAGCUAUGGGAAGCUUACCAAUGAUCAAUUCGGAGUUUUUGACUUCUGAAUUUUUUAUUAAUAUAUUGAGCUAUGGCUGUCUUUUAAUACCAGCCGCAAUUCUCAUUCACUAUAUCAAACGCAAAUAUGGAGACUGCCCAGAUGCUGCUCCUUUUUUACUGCGUGUAUUUGCUCUCGAUCAUCCAUCUUGUACUACAGAACCAAUAUUUUCUUAUAUAAUUCAAUGGCUUAAAAAAUUUGUGAUGAGUAAAGAAUCAAAUCAUAAUGCUAGUUUAUAUUCUUAUUCCCCGAUUAAACCAAAUAAAGCACUAGAUACUCAUAAUGACGCCCAUAGAAAGUUUUCAACCAAUGGUCAUUUGAUAGUCGAAAAUUCCACUGAAACGAAUAAAAAUGAAAAUUCGAGUCAAUUACCACCAUCCGAUAAAAGUUAUUACCCGACCCUGAUAUUAUGCUUUCUAGGACUCCAGGGAGUAUUUUUGACUUGGGGCAUCGUUCAAGAAAAAAUUAUAACAAAACCUUAUCGACGUAUUCUAGAUAUCGAUGCUGAAGCUCUCGACUCUCCGAUCAUGGAUAAAUUUACGGACUCGCAAUUUUUAGUCUUCACAAACAAACUCGCAGGGUUUAUAUUGGCGGGCCUUUGGCUAUCUUCGAGAAGUUACAUCUUUAACAUAUUCAAAUCCAUUUUUUAUCGCAGGCCUUCUAAAUAUUAUGACCCCUAUCCCAAAUACGAUUUUAAUAUCCAUUCACUAAAUAAUAAUAUAUGUGAUAAUCUCAUAUUAAAACCUGCCCUUUAUCGUUAUUCUUACGCAUCCCUAUCGAAUAUUCUUAGUAGUUGGUGCCAAUACGAGGCUCUUAAAUAUGUUUCAUUCCCUACUCAGGUCCUUUUUAAAUCCGGAAAAAUCAUUCCCGUCAUGAUUAUGAGUAAACUUAUGUCGAAUCAAAAAAAACAUUAUGCUUGGCACGAAUAUUUUUGUGCUGGGUUAGUUUCCAUUGGUAUAGGUGCCUUCUUGAUAUCCAGAAGUCAUUCCAAAAAAAAUUCUUCGUUGUCACCCGAUUUAGAUAUCUGGAAAUGGGUUUCUGGUUUGAGCGACAUAUCUAUUUCUACGCUCUCCGGCAUUUUAUUACUUAUCGGUUACGUUAUGUUCGAUAGUUUUACCUCUAAUUGGCAGGCUCAGUUAUUCGAAAGAUACAAUUCAAAGCCAAUAAAUCAGAGCAAUAAAAAAAAAAGUUUUUACAAAGAAGUAACCUCUAUAAAAGAUGACGCUUCUAAAGAAUCAUUCCAUAAAAUAUCCUAUGAUAACGAACGCAUGGAGAGUUUGGAAGAUUUUAAAGAAAAUUCUAAGUUAUUGGGGGAACCCGAAAUUUUACCCAAAAGGGUUACUAAAAGUUGCAUCAAAGGAGCCAGUCUCUCUUCUUGGGACAUGAUGUGUUACGUCAAUUUUUUUUCGACUAUUUUCACGGGGUUAAGUUUGGUGUUGCGAGACCUUAAAAUUGGACACGGGGAUGGCCUGAUGCAAUCCAUUUUUUUUGCACGCACCCACGAAAUUAGUUUUUUGAGAGACCUAGCAGCACUUUCAUUAUGUUCGGCAUUAGGCCAGAUAUUCAUAUUUAUGACUAUAUCCAAAUUCGGAGCGGUAACUUUCAUUACAACUAUGACGAUCCGUCAGGGCUUUGCUGUUUUGUUAUCUUGCCUCAUUUAUGGCCACCGAGUGGGGCCCUUAGGUAUCUUAGGUAUUAUGCUGGUAUUUUCUUCUCUCUUUGCCAAAAUAUAUAUUUCUUCUCGCCUUAAAAACAUUAACAGAAAUAAAGGGGGUAUUAGCUCUCUCAAGGAACUAGAAAGUCAAAAUAAUUUAGAAUUCAAGCAUCUUCACCUAUCGUCUCGGCUUUUCAGAUGGUUCACUAACUUGCACGUUUUUAAUAAAAAUAAAAUAAGGAAAAGAUUAUUUUUAUAGAUUUGAAUUUUAGAACUUUUUAAUCGCAAAGUAUUUUACACGAUUUUUAAUGUAUAAUUUUUUUACAAUACAAUUUAAGUAUCGUUUACCGAAGAAUUUACUUAACAGAUACCUUUUAAUUAUUAUAUAGUUUAAAAUAUACUGCAAUAACAUUUUUCAUGCACCAAAUAAUACAACGUGAUAAUUUUUUUAAAUAUAUUAUUAAUUUUAUAAAAUUUACACAAAAUCUGCACUUAAUUUUACAUCCCCUUAUCUAUUUUUUUUUGUUGUUCAUUAAUAUUUAAAAAAUCAUUCAAAGACUAUAAUGGCUUGUCGAAUUAUUUUAUUUAUUUAUUUCGUCAAACAAAUUUUUAAAUCGUAUAAAAAUGUUAAUAUUAAACUAUAUGA